CUGGUCCCGGUUCUGGACUCUGGAGGCUCACGUCCCCUUUCCACAGCCGGACUUCGCUCCUUUACUUCCUCGCGACCCACUUCCUACAUGAGCCACGGUGCUGCGUUCACGGUCACCCGGAAAGCGGAUUUACGAAGCCCGGCUGGGAAACUUCGGGAUCCCGGUUUGACUCCGGGCGGUUUGGACUUUGUCAUGACGCGCGUGAGCGUGGAGCCGUGGGGGGGGGUGCCCGGCCUGGGGAACGUGGACCUGUGGCGGCUGGAGACCCCCCAGGUGCAGGUCCAGGUCCUGACCCUGGGGGCCACCAUCAGGGCCGUGCACUGCAGGGGCGCGCACGGGCGCGUGCACGACGUGGUGCUGGGAUACGAUGACCUGGAGGGCUAUGUGGCAGACAGACGCUACUUCGGCGCCGUGGUGGGCCGCGUGGCCAACAGGAUAGCGGGGGGGCGCUUCACAGUGGAGGGAAAAGAGUAUCAACUGGACAUCAACAGUGGACCCAACUCCAUCCAUGGAGGCCUGAGGGGCUUCAAUAAGGCCAUCUGGGAGGCUUCGGAGGUGGAGGGGGGGGUGAAACUGAGUCUGACCAGUCCAGACGGAGACCAGGGCUACCCCGGGGCUGUGGACGUCUCUGUGACCUACACUCUCCAGGAGGAAACACUAACCGCUGAGUAUCGGGCCCGGUCCACCAAAACCACCCCCAUAAACCUCACCAACCACUCCUACUUCAACCUGGCUGGACAGGAGGAAGAGGACAUCUACGGCCAUCAGGUGUCCAUCAGGGCAAACAGUUUCCUGCCCGUAGAUGACCGCAGCAUUCCUACAGGGUUCUGA